AUGCCCCUCAUCGCCCAAAACCCCCAGCCCCGCGUGAUCCUAGGUCUCAUGACCUUUGGCACCGACCCCGAGACGGGCGCCCGCGUCACCACCAUCCCCGAGUUCAGCAAGGUCCUCGAUCUCUUCCAGUCGCGGGGAUACAACGAAGUCGACACGGCGCGCAUGUACAUUGGUGGAAAGCAGGAAUCCUUUACUCGCCAGGCGGGCUGGAAGGACCGCGGCUUGACUCUGGCUACCAAGGUCAUCUACCCCACCAACGGAGGAGACAACACGCGGGACAAGGUCCUGGAGAGCGCCGACGUUAGUCUGAAGGAGUUGGGGACGGAUUGUGUGGAUAUUCUGUAUUUGCACGCUGCUGACCGCAAAACCCCCUUUGCCGAAACCCUCUCGGCCAUCAACGACCUGCACAAAGCCGGCAAGUUCGUCCGCUUCGGCAUCUCCAACUUCACCUCGUUCGAAGUCGCCGAGAUCGUCAUGACAUGCAAGUACAACAACUGGGUCCUGCCCACCAUCUACCAAGGCAUGUACAACGCCAUCACCCGGUCUCUCGAGACCGAGCUCGUCCUGGCGUGCCGCCGCUACGGCCUCGACAUCGUCGUCUACAACCCCCUCGCCGGCGGUCUCUUCUCGGGCAAGAUCAAGUCGCACGACAUGGUGCCCGAGUCGGGCCGGUUUUCCGACGUCAACAAGAUGGGCGUCAUGUACCGCGGCAGGUACUUUAAGGAAUCGACCUUCCGCGCCUUGCAGGUGGUCGAGCAGGCGGUGGAAAAGGCGGGACUCACCAUGAUUGAGACGGCGUUGCGGUGGAUGGUGCAUCAUAGUGCGCUGAAGAUCAAGGAUGGGAAUGAUGGGGUGAUUAUUGGUGUUAGCAGUAUUGAUCAGCUGGAUAGCAACUUGACGGACCUCGAAAAGGGACCGCUGCCCGAAGAGGUGGUGAAGGCCCUGGAUGAGGCGUGGAAGAUUGCAAAGGUUGAUACGGUCAAUUAUUGGCAUGGAACGGUCGAGUACGGGUAUGAUGUGAGGGAGGCCCUGUUUGGGAAGAACGCGAAAUAG